UUUGAACAAAGUGCGUCUAGAACUUUUGUGAAUAAAGUAAAACCUAAAGUCGUUUCGAGUGUUUUCAACUUCAAUAAAAAUGGGGACAGUUGAGGAUACGUUAUCAGCUGGGAUGAGGACGAGUGUAUAAUAGCAAGUGUCUCGAAUCGAAAAUCAUUAGUCUUUAAUUUGUCCGGCUCAAUCUCAGAGUAGGUUAGUCGGUACACAACAUUAUCAAUAAAAAAAACUCAUUAUCGUUACCACUUAUCUCUUAUCGAGUACGUAGGUUUUGAACCCAUUGAUUUUUACGAGAAAAAACUGUGGUUUCUGCUAUUAAAUAAUCGACAAUGGUCUCUGAUAUAGUUUUAUGUGUCUCCGAUAUAAACCGUACGACCGCUGAAGUUUUUCGUCAAGAUUUCCCGCGAGAUUUCCUUGUCCCAACCAUGCCAGAGGUUCCAGAAUUCUUCGGUGGCUUCCAGGAAAUGCCCUGGCUUUGGGCUAUGUUUGGGUCCAUCCUAGUCGGCCUUAGUGGAGUACUGCCCCUUUUGGUCAUCCCCAUUGACAAUAGUGACAACUUGAAACAAGGAGAAAGUGCCAAUAAACUGAAAACUCUACUGAGUUUUGCUGUUGGCGGACUUUUGGGAGAUGUGUUCCUACAUUCCUUACCAGAGAUCUGGGCCAAUAACAUUUCCAAAUUUGGAAACUCACAAAGCAGUGGACUACUAAUUCUGACUGGACUCGUAACCUUUGUGGCCGUGGAAAAACUGUUCACAAUCAUUGAAGUGGACACGGAAGAUGAAAAAAUCGAAAACAAUAAUAUUAAAGAAGUGAAAGACAGCAAUAAAAUGAAACAUAUAUCAGGCUACUUAAACUUGGUAGCCAAUACGAUUGACAACUUCACCCACGGACUUUCUCUAGGCGGAGCAUUCCUUGUAUCGCCUGCAACGGGACUGUUGACGACAUUCGCCAUUUUGGUGCACGAAAUUCCUCACGAAGUGGGCGACUUUGCCAUUUUGCUCAAAUCCGGAUUCAGUCGGUGGCACGCCGGCGUCUUCCAACUGCUCACUGCUGGCGGUGGUCUUGUUGGUGCGCUCUGCGCACUGGUCUUUAGUGGAGCUAAAACUUCAAUAGAAGCUAGAACAUCCUGGAUCCUUCCGUUUACAGCAGGAACCUUUUUGCACAUAGCCUUAGUAACAGUUCUGCCUGAUCUCCUCAAAGAAGAAGACCCCAAGGAAUCCUUGAAGCAAAUGUUAGCGCUCGUCAGUGGUAUAGUCAUCAUGGCCUUAGUAACUAACUUUCUUGAAUAAUGUGAUAUUUGGACUUGAGGUACUGUUUGCGAGUACCAUUCGAAAUUAUUCGUGUAUCGAUUUUUGAUUUGUUAAGAUACCUAGUAAAGAAAAAGAUAAAAAAUCUCGGAAACAUAUGCACUGCCUAGUAUGAUACGAAUAAAUUUGAAUGAUAUUUGGAAAUUCGUCCAACACAAAGAUGCCAUAAUAGCCAAUAAGGAAAUAUUCAGUUACUGAUGACAGUAUUUUAUUUUCUAGUUGUAAGUUUUUUUACUACAAGAAUUUGUUCAGAUACAAGACAAGAUAAUCCUGAAAAAUACCCAACAUUGGUUUUCCGCUUUAGAGAUCUGUUUUAACAGAAACCAUCAGAUUGAUUUGUGAAAACCAUUGCUUUCGUGAAGCUCAAGAGGGAUUUGAAGCUGCUUGCUAGGAUGAAGCUAGUAAAUAAUUACAUUACAUUUAUUUGAAAGCAUAAUGAGUCGUAAGACAUUAAACUACAAUAGCAUACAAUUCCGAGUGGGUACAUAUCAGACUCGUAUUUCCAAAUCAAUUUUCAGUUUCUGUGUUAAAAAACCUUUCAAACUAAAUUAUUUUGUCUUGUAUUCUUGUUUAAAAUACUCUAAUGAUAAUAACACAUCUGUUACUUUUAUUUGACACUCAGUGGUCUGACCAAGAUGUAAUUUUUUUUUUAAAUCAUCAAACUACUGAUAGGCCAGUUAAUUAUGACUUUUUAACUUGACCGGGUUUGUGCUUCCAUAAAAACUUUUUAUUUGCAGAUUUAUUAUUUGAAAUACGUGAAGUUAUAUACAUAAUCGAAUUUUAGAAGGUUUGCCGGAUGUAACUCUUGACCCUUAAGCAAUCACAAUAUUUGUUUACUGAAAGUUUUGAAAUUCAAUUUUUUUAAAUUUAUCAUUCCAGCUUUUUUUAUAAUACAUUUUUCUUUGUUGAUCAAAAAUGAUUUAAAUUUUUUCUGAGCUGUAAAUAAAUUUUAAUAUUUUUUUUUUUGUUUUGCAAUUUUUAAUUUUUUUAUAACAAUGUUGUACCAAUGUUUCCAUUAACCUAGAACAUAAUCUGAACACCUAAUUUGGGGUUAAUUGAAUAUUCGAAUUUUUCGGAUUAUAUCAAAAUAAACAAUAAACUUUUGCGUAGGUAUAAACAUUUUUCAAUAAUGCUCUAUGCUCCUUAUUCUUUAUUUUUUAGUACAGAAUAAUUAGGAGAUAAGUUUCAUAUUAUUUAUAAAAAUAAGUACAAGCAUAGAGCAUUAAUAAAAUGUCUAGUCUUAAUCUGCAUUGUCGGACAACCGAGGCUACCUUCCAACAACUUGGUUAUUUAGAUAUUUGGCAUAAUCUGUGUUGGGAUUAAAAAAGCUUCACUAUAAUGCCAAUUUAUACAUCGAUCGUAAUCAAUGAAACUACUCAAACCUCGGUUUCCUGCUACAUAUGAGACUGUCACUUUGAUAAUUGGUCACUCUCAUCAGGAUACUAAAAACGGAGGUGUAAAGCUUUCUUCGAUUGGUUACUUGUAAACUAUUCUGUGUAUAUACAUUUUAUUAAUUUUUAGUUAAUGUGGAAACGCUCACAAAAAUGCAUAGUUGAAUUUUUAUCAUUUUAUUUCUUUUUAUCCAAAAAAUUCUAUGUACCUAUAUUAAUAUAAUUAUUGUAAGUAACAUAUUUUUAAGAGAUCAUAGAAUUUAUACAAUAAUUAACAUAGCAAGGAGAUUACUAGAAAAUAAUAAUAUUUUGUGAUAUGAUAUUAAUGUAUAUAAAACAAGAGAAGAUUCUUCUCAAAAUAGAUUCAACAAAUAAAAUUAAAUACAAGAUUUUUCUUAUUG